UCUGAAAUGUUAGUUGAAUGUUGAGUGAUAAAAGAAGCAGGACCUGCCAGUGUCAGGUCAUGGGUUGGUUUACAAACUGAAUGCAUAUCUGUUCAUUUAAUAAGGUGUAAGCACUGAAAACUGACCUCUUGAAGUGUAAAAGCUUGAGUGUUAAUGGGAGUUUGAAUUAUGACUCAACUCUUUUCUAUAAGAAAACGUUUAAUAUUGUAAAAAGUAUAAACAAAGUUUUGAGUAGACGCGCACGUCAACAAAACAAGCUGAAGUUUGAAUGAAGUUUCAUUUAGAAAUUAUAAGUUGGAGCAUGUUGAACAAAUGCCCAGGAGCAGAAAAAAUAAAGCUAUAAAUAGGAGUUCAAUAGUGUGCUUCCCUGAAGUGAUAACAGUAUAACAUAUUUUAUUAUUCUGAAGGAAACAUGUAGCUAUAAUGCAAGUUUAGAUUGUUUUUAAGUAGUUGUAACAGUGGUAUUGUUGUUUUUUGCAGGGAUCUUCUGUAUGUUUGGGAUUUAAGUUAAAUCAUGAAUGAUAUUUUCUUUGAAGAUAAGACAUCUAAUCUUUUAUCUUAUCAUGAGCUGUCACUGUACACAGUAAUUCAAAAUAACUCUCACGUACUCUGCUGAUGAUAUGCAUACACAAUCCUGAAAGUAUGCGACUGAUAAUGUUAAAAUACUCUCUUAUCUGCUUCAGCCUGCAACAAACAUAAACUAUAGACUAUACGUUUGCAGGAACAUUCUGACCACAGAGUACCUUAAAAUGCAUCCAGUAAAAUGGUAUAUGUACAAGUAUACAAGUAUACAAGUAUAUGUUCCCUACUGAAAACGUACAGGCCAAAACAGGCCCUCUAAUAAUUUAUGCCACCUGAACACUGGGAGGCACAGUGCAUUGCUGAGCGCUGGCCAAAUGCUCCAGGGCAACCACUGAAAAAACAAGUUUUCUCUUUUUUGACAGUGUGGUGUGUGUGACUCAACACAACUGAAGUCAAAUGUAUUUGAUCAUCAUUUUACUUGCUGCCGUACACCUUACUUGAGUCAGUUAUGCAAAAUACGGCCUCCUUUAGGAAAAGGCUCAACUCUGCACUUUAAGCUUUUUUGAUUACUCAUUCUGGACCAUGUGCCUCUUUAAAAACCGUCUGUCCAAGCAGCCGCUGCAAAGUUUCAGCUCUCUGUUGGUGGUUCAGCUGCUUUAUUGUCUCAGUUGGUAACUACUGUAUCUGUCACUCACUGAAGGAGAAUAGAACACCAUGACUACUGAAGUAAACAAGCUUUAAGUAGCUCUGUGUAUACCCUUAUAACACACAUCAUACAGCACAGGGAAAUGUAGACAGGAACACUGCAGAACUGUACCACAGCUUGUAAGGUAAGCAAUAAAGUAAAUAACUCUCCUUAGGGCUGCUUUAAGGCUUUAUACUGGUUGUUAUUUGAAAUACAUACACACUGUGAUAUUUUAAGGCUUGCAACAACUGUUUCCAGUUUCUACUGCUAUUGAAUACAUUAAACCAUGUGGUCAUUUGUACAGUAUUUGUUGUGCCAGACACCAAAGAUUCAGAGCUGCUGGUGAUGCCAGUGAGCCAACAGAGAAAAUGUUCAUCAAAUAUACCAACCUACGAUACCCCAGUCGCCACCAUGAAUUAUUUCUGCCUAGUCGACCCUACAAGGGAGAACCGCCGGCAGUGGCAGGAUUUCUCCUUUACCCGGAUACUCCUGCUAAGAUGGAGACAACAUCACGAGAGGCUUUCUGUUUUAGACCCGUCGAACAGCGAGACAGGGACAAAGGAGUCCGCAUCCUCCAGAAAACACAGCUGGAGUCCCGCAGUUCUUGUCCCACAUCCUCGAGACAAACAGGACGAGGAACCAGCAGCAGGGACAGGGAACCGGGGGAGGACGAGCAAGAAGGCAACCGUGAUCAGACGGGGUUGACAGCAGUGAAAACUGAACCAGAUUCAGUAGAGAUGCAGUCUCAGUAUCAGAAGGACUUCCCUCCUCCGACCUCCUGCCGCAGGAGACGCACACCUGCUCUCCCACAGCCAGACAACAUCGGCAUCAACCCUGCCUUCAGGAUCGAGUUUAGCACGGUCCAAAGAGAGACUUUCCCUGGUUGGCCAAUCAUGAAUCCCAGGUAUGCUGGAAGGAUGAGAGCAGCUUCAUCCGGACAACCAAACAUGAUUUCUGAGUGAUAAUCUAUAACACAAGAAAUCAACUUCCAUGUGUCUCUCUUGUGGUGUCACCCUUGUGGUGUCACCCAGCUCAUCUUUGGUCAUAAAGCAUUUCUUUUCAUUACAAAUAAAUAAAUGUUAAAAUUUGUCAUAAAAUAUAUAUAUCAAAGUUCUUCUUUUCAUUACAAAUAAAUACUGACUACACCAAAUG